UCGUGGCGAAAAAGACCAGGGUUUUCGACACGACCGUGAUGGCGUUUGACACGACCAAGACCGCGUUUGACCAUGGCGGACACGAAGACCACCGUGCUCAGCACGACGGCCACCGUGUCUGACACGUCGACGAUCGUGUCGGACACGAAGACGGUUGUCCUCAAUACGAUGGUGGUAGUGUUCGACAAUACGACGGUCGUGUACGACACGACGUCGGUCACGACGACGGGCGUGCACGACAACGAGCCGGACACGACGACGAGCGUGUUCGACACGACGACGGCCGUGUUCGACACGAUGGAGAUCGUGUUCGACCCGACAACGAUCGUGUUCGAUACAACAACCAGCGUGUUCGACACGAUAAGGAUUGUGUUCGACACGACGACCAUCAUGUUCGACACGACGAUGACCAUGUCGGACACGACGACCAUCGUGUUAGACACGACGACCACCGUGUCGGACACGACAACGAUCGUGUUCAACACGACGACCAUCGUGUUUGACACGACAACCAUCGUGUCAGACACGACAACGAUCGUGUUCAACACGACAACCAUCGUGUUUGACACGACGACCAGCGUGUCGGACACGACAACGAAUGUGUUCAACACGACGACCAUCGUGUUUGACACGACGACCAGCGUGUCGGACACGAGAACGAUCGUGUUCAACAUGACGACCAUCGUGUUUGACACGACGACGACCGUAUCGACCAUCGUGUUCGACACGACGACGACUGCGGUGAAAGUGUUGGAGAAAACUUGUUGACGUCACCGAUAAACCAGCACUGGACAC